GUUGCUCCCGCGGCGCGAGGCGCUCUGGCUCUCCUCCUCCUCCUCCUCCGCCCCUCCCCCCGCGCCGCCGCCGCCGCCGCCGUCCCGAGACCCCAGCGCACGGCGCGCCCUCCCUCGUGCGCCCCUCCGGCCCCCGCGGAGAACGAGAGGGCAAGCGAGCACGGCGAUCCCGGGCCGGCUCGGCCCCCCUGUCUUCACCAUCGUCUGCCCUCCGCCGCCUUCCUUCGCUUCCACCUCCACUCCCCCCCCCACAAGUAGAGGCCCCCUCCGGGGGGGGGGAGAGGCCCGGGGCCCGGAGCGGAUUCCCCCAACUCCCUUAGGCCCGCCCCCGCCCGGUCCGAGAGUGAGGAGGGCCCGGGCCGGCCCGCGUCGUGUGAGGAGGACCCCGGGCGGGCCCGCGGGCCGUCUGGGGCCUGGUCCGGCCCCGCCAGGCGUGUGAGAGGACAGGGGCCCGGCCCGGCCCGAGGGCGAGCGGAGGGGAGGGGCCUGGUCCGGCCCGGCCGGUGCGCGAGGACUGGGGCCGCGGCCCCGCACGGCCGCCGCCACCGCCGCCGCCGCCGCCGCGAUGGCCCAGCAGCAGAUGACCAGCUCGCAAAAAGCCCUGAUGCUUGAGCUGAAAUCCCUGCAGGAGGAACCGGUGGAGGGCUUCCGGAUCACCCUGGUGGAUGAGUCCGACCUCUACAACUGGGAGGUGGCCAUCUUCGGACCCCCUAACACCCUCUACGAAGGCGGCUACUUCAAGGCACAUAUUAAAUUUCCUAUUGACUACCCGUAUUCACCACCUACCUUCAGAUUCUUGACCAAAAUGUGGCACCCCAACAUUUAUGAGAAUGGAGAUGUAUGCAUUUCAAUUCUUCAUCCGCCUGUAGAUGACCCACAGAGUGGAGAACUGCCCUCUGAGAGGUGGAAUCCUACUCAGAACGUUAGGACUAUCCUGUUAAGUGUAAUCUCACUGCUUAAUGAGCCCAACACCUUUUCUCCAGCCAAUGUGGAUGCUUCAGUCAUGUUCAGGAAAUGGAGGGACAGCAAAGGAAAAGAUAAGGAAUAUGCUGAAAUCAUUAGGAAACAGGUCUCAGCCACUAAGGCUGAAGCAGAAAAGGAUGGAGUGAAGGUCCCCACAACCCUGGCAGAGUACUGCAUCAAAACUAAAGUGCCUUCCAAUGACAACAGCUCAGAUUUGCUUUAUGACGACUUGUAUGAUGACGACAUUGAUGAUGAAGAUGAGGAGGAAGAAGAUGCCGACUGUUAUGAUGAUGAUGAUUCUGGAAAUGAGGAGUCGUGACAUGUUCCUUCAGUGCCCCUGUACUGCCCUGAAGUCUCAGGCCAAAGGGAGGGGAGCAAGUGGGGAUCUACAGUGG